AUGGCUGCUACUGUGAUCACCUCCUCCGACAGCAAGGACCUUCGGGGCCUGAACCUCAUUGCUGCCCAUUCCCACAUCCGUGGGCUUGGCGUCGAUGCUGAUACACUCGAGCCGCGGCAGUUGUCUCAGGGCCUCGUUGGCCAGGAGAAGGCUCGCAAGGCGGCUGCCGUGAUUCUGGAGAUGAUCAAGCAGGGCAAGAUUGCCGGCCGCGCCGUUCUCAUUGCCGGACCACCUAGCACCGGAAAAACAGCUAUUGCAACAGGAAUGGCGCAGUCCCUCGGCCCCGACGUGCCGUUUACGUCCCUUGCUUCGUCCGAAAUCUUCUCGCUGGAGAUGAGCAAGACCGAAGCCCUUACACAGGCAUUCCGCAAAUCAAUCGGCGUGCGCAUCAAGGAGGAGAGCGAGAUCAUGGAAGGCGAGGUGGUUGAGAUCCAGAUCGACCGCAGCGUCACGGGCAGUGCCAAACAGGGCAAGCUGACGAUCAAGACCACCGACAUGGAGGCCAUCUACGAUAUGGGUAGCAAGAUGAUUGACGCGAUGACCAAGGAGCGUGUCAUGGCUGGCGACAUUAUCUCCAUCGACAAGUCGUCAGGCAAGAUCACCAAGCUGGGCCGCUCGUAUGCGCGGUCGCGGGACUACGACGCCAUGGGUGUCGACACCAAGUUCGUGCAGUGCCCCGAGGGUGAGCUGCAGAAGCGUAAAGAGGUCGUGCACACCGUUUCGCUGCACGAAAUUGACGUGAUCAACUCGCGGACACAGGGUUUCUUGGCGCUGUUUGCGGGCGACACCGGCGAGAUCCGCAGCGAGAUCCGCGACCAGAUCAACACAAAGGUGGCCGAGUGGAAGGAGGAGGGCAAGGCGGAGAUUGUGCCCGGCGUGCUGUUCAUCGAUGAGGUGCACAUGCUGGAUAUUGAGUGCUUCUCGUAUAUCAACCGUGCGCUGGAGGUGAACCUGGCGCCCAUUGUCAUUAUGGCAAGCAACCGCGGCCAGUCGCGCAUCCGGGGCACGGACUACAAGAGCCCGCACGGUCUGCCGCUGGACUUUUUGGACCGCGUGUCUAUCAUCUCGACGCAGCCAUACGGACCCGAGGAGAUCAACAAGAUCUUGGGCAUUCGGGCACAGGAAGAGGAGGUUGAGCUGACGCCUGACGCGCUGGCGCUGCUGACCAAGAUUGGCCAGGAGACGGGCCUGCGCUAUGCCAGCAACCUGAUCACGACGUCGCAGCUAGUGAGCGCGAAGCGUCGCGCGAAGCAAGUGUCGGUUGAGGACGUCCAGCGGAGCUUCAAGCUGUUCUACGACCCGGUGCGCAGCAUCAAGUUUGUGUCCGAGUCGGAGAAGCGGCUGAUUGGCAACGACGGCGCAGUCGACUUUUCGCUGACGGCGAACGGCCACGGCGAGAAGAUGGACAUGAGCUAA